AUGCUACAGCCAGAUCACGCGCUAUUUCUUGUCAGGACUUUCAACGUCCGCACGAGCAAGAUCAAGCAAUGUUGUGAAGAAAAUUACAUCCGCAUGGAUAAAUCAAAAAACUUUAAGACCAACAUCGAUCCACUUCUAAGCACCCUGAUGAGCAAGGACCGCGAUACCUACCACCAAGCAGUCAAGAAGUUGAAGGACGAGAACGAAAUCAAAAGCCUCAUGCCAUGGGGCCCUAGCAGUUCGAUCGCGGCUACGAGGCAGGGCUAG